AUGUCUUUACCAAGCGGAUACUCAAUUAGACCUGUGAAGGCUAGUGACUACAAAAGAUAUCUCGAGGUCUUAUCUGUCUUGACCUCCGUUGGAGACGUGUCUCCAUCUCAGUUUGAAAAGCUUCUAGACCAUUGGGCUGCAAACUCUCUGAUCUACUUCCCCAGAGUCAUUGCCGAUGCAGAAGAUAACGUGGUUGCUACUGGAAUGAUUGUUGUUGAGCAAAAAUUAAUUCAUGGAUGCUCGAAGGUUGGUCACAUCGAAGAUAUAGCUGUGGACAAGUCACAACAAGGCAAGAGCUUGGGCUUCUUGCUCAUUAGCCAUUUGAACUCGAUCGGUGAGAAGGAAGGAUGCUACAAGAUCAUUUUGGACUGUUCUCCCAAGAACACUGGCUUCUACGAGAAGUGUGGCUACAAGGAUUCUGGCGUGCAGAUGGCAAUUCGUUACGAUUGA